AAAAUAUCUCUUUUACCCUAAUUCGAACUCGGAUAUGUGUAACGAAACGAAUAUUAACAUGCCCCGAUCUACCCUGAUCUAGGUAGCAACAAUUUACAUGGCCGAAGCGAAUCCUUUGUGUUUACUUAUCCUGACAUGACAGGUAACUUUCGGUUAGGUUACCUAUCAAGACCGUUAUUUUCUGUUAAAACACAGGUAAUUUACGAAUCUCAUAGCCAACUUGGUUCUCUUUAAAAUUGCAGUAAACCGCCGAACAUCGUUAGUUAAUUAUUGUAAGUUCACGCGGUAGUGUUUGUAGAAGAGAAGAGUAAAAGCAACAGAAGUCACAUCAAAUGGAAGGGGGACUACAAACUCACUUGCUGAAUUUAUAUGUGAAUCAACAAGCUCAACAACGUUUCAGAGGACCCGUUUCGCAGCCGUUUGAGCAUAUUAGUGACAUCAACCGUGAAUUCUACGGAAACCACGGAUAUGGUCCGUCUGCCGAUCUUACCACAGGACCUUGUUACUCCUAUGUGGACCGCGUGUCUGACUGGUUGGGACUACCAACACGUAAGAUUCGAAGUCAUCGAUCUGAUGCUGCCUUUACUCAAGAACGUCAUUGGGACAAUAUUUCUGAGGUUUCGGAAAUGCCCACUGAGGCAGGUUUCACUGUUCCACCUCCAACGCUAUCGCCAGAAAUGGAAAUCAAUGAACGACAAUCCAAUUGGUAUAACAAUGCUCCUGAGCCAAAAAUUGAAAAUCAAAUUAAUCAACGAAUUGGAAGUCCUAUCCAUUUAAAUCUGGAUGUUGAUCAGCAAUUUCAAGCAGUGGCGCAGAAUUGUGAGCAGUUCGGGAUAGCAGAAUCAAACAACGAAAUUGAAACCGGGGAUUUAGUGAACGAUUAUAGGUACCAAGUGAACCCGUUCGUUCUGCAGGUUGAGCAACACGGCGACAUACUUCAGAAUGCGUGGCAUUCGGUGCAUUCUUCUACUAUGCCACCACCAAAUGGUGCUACAGAUAACAUUGCCCACCGUAUACUUUCUGGCCCUGAACAAACAGGCCCCCAUUGGUAUCAGGAUCAAACAACACUGAACACAUGGAACUCGAUGGCUUUGCAACAGGAAUACGGUGUACGAAUGGAGCAACUUCAGUAUCCACCAUUGCAAUCGUUGGAAUCUAACGUGCCAGAUUCAUGUCCGAUUAAAAUUGAAUCACAUAACAUUUCGCCAGAGUACAGCGUAAUGUUGGAUGUGCCACAGUCGGUUAGUGCUUCAACCAGUCAACCUGUGAACCAGUCCAUUACCUUUGAUUCUACGGAAUCAGAUCCAGUGGAUCACUACCAAACACCACCCAAUUCAAUGGAAAAUUCUACAUCACCGAAGAGUGCCACUGCCAAUAACGAUUGCACAAGCUUAUCCAGUGACGCUCCCUCGGAACAGCCCAAAGCAGUUGGUAAAAGAAAGUCAUCUUCAAGAAAAGAAAGAUCUAAACCAUCCAAAAGGCACAACAUUCUGGGUGAAAAAUUCUACUGCGCCAAAUGCGAUCGAUACUUUUUGAAGCAGAAUGGUUUCACGCAGCAUUUGGAUGUUUAUCACAUGGGACCUCGACCGCACAUUUGUACCUGCUGCGGUAAACGGUUCCGGGAGCUCGAACGUCUCCGGGUGCACGAGAAAUGUCACAACGGACAGGACAAACCGUACAAGUGUUCCGACUGUCCGAAGGGGUUUCAGCACGUACAGGCCAUGCGGCGCCACUUCGUAAUGCACCACUCGAAACCGUCACUGUUCUGCGAUGUUUGCGGUAAGGGCUUCGUGCGGAACGAUCACCUGAUGUCCCAUCUGGUGUCGCAUCAGCACAACAGGGUGAAACCACGAAAGAAUACGCAGAGCGAGUGAUUUUUGAAAUUCGCUUUUACUUCUUGUAAAUUUAUAUGUUAAUUGUAUAUAAAG